CUUCCUGUGCAGAUGCAAAGCAAUAGAGGCAACUCGAGUCAUGGCAGAAAAUGAACCAGAAGCCGUUGUGAAAGUGGGGAGAACAUCUGUCGUAAAACCGGCCAUCCAAACCCCCACCCAGACCAUGUUCCUCUCCAACCUUGACUUUUGUUGGUUACCCUUCAACAACGUUCAAAGACUUUUCUUCUACACACAGUCUCCUUUGAACGAUUACUCUUCAUUAAUACAAGGCAUGAGGGAAAGCCUUUCCUCAAUUUUAGUGUAUUUCUAUCCUCUGGCUGGUCGGUUGAAGAAGGGAGAAUCUGGUAGAAUGGAGGUCGAUUGCAAUGACGAAGGCGUGGAAUUUAUGGAGGCAUCAAUUAACAUACCCUUUCAAGAUUUGGAAAAAGAUGGGUUUCGGCGUAAACCCUUCUUCCCAAAGCUUGUCCACGAGGUCAAUCUUUCUGAGGAUGAAAAUUACAGUAGACCGCUUCUGUUAAUACAGAUUACAGAGUUUGAGGGAGGUGGGAUAUGCAUAGGAACCACAUUGCAUCAUGUUAUAGCAGAUGGAAAUUCGUUUUGGCACUUCAUGACAUCAUGGGCAGAGUGUAGCAGAGGUCUCCCCCUUGCGAAGCCUCCUCAGCACUCCAGAACAGUCUUUAAACGAGAUGACAAGAGUCCUCUGUCAAUUUCUUACAAAGUCCAUGAGAUAAUAAGCCAGGGAAUUACAGGGGCAAAGAUUUUCAAAUUUGUACCUGACAAUCCACAGUCGGAUCAUAUAGAAAUAUGUGGUAGCGACAACGUGGAAAGGCCCAACGAGGGUCUCCAGAAAUGGGUGGAUCCCAAAAGGAAAACACAAGUGAUAUACUCAACGUUUUGCUUUACAGAAGAGAUAAUACAAGACUUGAAACAACGAAGCGGGGCUUCGACUUCUUUUGUUGCAGUGGCUGCACAAUUCUGGAGAUGUGUAAUGAGAGCUCGAGAGGUGCCGCAGGAAGAAGCCGUUUAUUUCUUAUUUGCGGCUGAUUGCAGGGGUCGUGUUAAGCCGCCCCUGCUUCCAACUUAUUUUGGAAAUUGCUUAUCUUUGGGUUUGGUGCAGACAACUGCUUACACACUAAUCAAUACCCACAUCUCCUUCGCUGCGGAUAUUAUCCAGCAAGCUAUCACUUCCUGCACUUCAGAAGAGCAGAUUAAUUAUCUGAUCGACUGGGCAGAAUCUCCUGACAGAAAUUUUAUAACUUUGGUUAGAGAUGCCGGGUGGAAAUAUGGAACUAACGCAGUAAGUUCCCCAAGAUUUCCAUUGUAUGAGACAGAUUAUGGAUGGGGUAAGCCAUUGGAUGUGCAGACUGCUACAAUGAACGAAAUUGGAGUCAUGUUUAUGUCAUGUGCGAAGGAUGGAGGAAAAAGCAUUUUUGUCUCCACUUGCCUUCCUCAACACCAGAUGGAUGUCUUACAUCAUCUUCUCUCCGUUUCAGAAGAAUGAUUUCAUUCUGUCAUUCUGGCGAUCAGGGUUUUUAGGGUAUCAUUAGCAGAGCCGAAAAUCCAGCUUGGGGAGCAUCUGAUAAAGGUAUGCCAUAAAUGUCGUUGUACGUGCCACAGUCGCAUUGAUCUUUAUCACUCUAUAUUGACAUAGCUAAUAAUAAGUUGGUAUUUCUUUAA